UAGUCAAACGUUUCAGUGGUGAAUCAAACGUUUUAAAAGAACCUCCAUUAUUUUUUUGUGCUCAUCUUAAAAUGUUAGAGCUUUAAAACUAUUCAUCAUUACUAGAUUUUUUUUAAUUGAAAUUAAUUGAAAAUGAGUGAAAAUUUAAAUCAAAUGGAAAAUUGUGCUAUAUGUCAACAAUCAGCGAAACAAAAAUGUGGAUCGUGUAAGAGUGUUUUUUAUUGUAGCCGAGAACAUCAAAAGUUGGAUUGGAAGAAACAUUCAAAACAAUGUAGACUUUUUGAAAUAGCUGAGGAUAAAAAUGUGGGUAGGCACUUAAUAGCCACUAGAAAAAUAGAAGCUGGUGAAGUAAUUUUGAUAGAAAAGAAACCAUUGGUAGCAGCACCUCAACAAGGUACUAAUCCUGUAUGUCUAUCAUGCUAUGUAUCACUGACUAACGACAAUGCAACUCCAUGCCAAAAGUGUGGCUGGCCAUUGUGUAAUAAUUGUCAAGAGCAUGGAGAAGAAUGUCAAUUCACUGUCAACCAUCGUGAUAAAAAGGUUUCCAUCACAGAGUUUGGAAUUCCUCAUCCAACUUAUAAAUGUAUUGGCAUUGUUCGGGCCUUGUCAUUACGACAAAGUGAUCCCGAAUCCUACCAGAAGCUGCUAAAUCUUGAGUCUCACUGUGAUGCUAAAAAUUCCAAGAGACAUGAAAGACUUAAAGAAAUAGCUGAUUUUGUAAUGAGGUUUUUUAAAGUAGAUGACAUCAAUGAGGAGGAAAUAAUUAAAAUAGCUGGGAUUCUCGAGAUUAAUGGACACGAAGUCCCAACAUCUGAAACCCCACAUGUGGCAGUGUAUGAUUUAGCAUCCUAUUUUGAACACGAUUGUCGAGCUAAUUGUUCCAAGAGCUUUACUGAAAAUGGAGGGAUUAUUAUUCGAUCAGCCUUGCCUAUUUGUAAAGGCGAGCACAUAACAAUGUGUUAUGUAGACCCACUAUGGGGUGUGACAAAUAGACGCCAUUACUUAUUAGAAACGAAGCUAUUCGAGUGCAAAUGUGGUCGAUGUUCAGAUCCAACGGAAUUCGGGAGCAUGUUUAAUGCUCUAAAGUGUAGGAAAGGCGAAUGCGGAGGAUCACUUCUACCCGAGACUUUCAUAACGACCAAUAAGAAAUUGCCGGAUUACGUUUGUGCCAAGUGCCAGGACUCAACUUCAUGGGAUACAAUUGAGAUCAAGCUUGAGAGUAUUGGGAUUGAACUAGCUCGUAUGAAGAAGGAUGAUAUUGAUGCUUGCAAACAAUUUAUUCAACGUCAUUCACAAACAUUACAUGACAACCAUUUUUAUUUGGUUGACGUGAAACUUGCAUUAGUUCAACUAAUCGGUCAACAGGAUGGCGGUUUACCAGCACUAAGUGAUGAAUUACUUAAUGAAAAAAUUUCACUUUGUAAGAAACUUGAUCAACUUCUGCAAACUCUUGUUCCUGCUGAGCAUCGAAUUAGAGGAUUGAUUUUAUUUGAAGCUCAUGCAGGAAUAGCAGAAUAUGGUAGACGCCAAGGAAAAGAUGAAUUACGAGGAAUGUUAAUGCUAUCGAAGCAAGCAUUAGAGGAAGCCUAUCAACUUCUCCGUUAUGAACCAGAAGUACUUCCUGAAGGCAAAGUAGCACGCAUUGCAAAAAAAAAUAUCUCAGAAAUGAAUUUAAUUAUCAAAGCAUUAUCUCAAGCUGCUGUCACACCAAUGUAAUGAUAAUAAUUCAUAAUAAAUCAUAAUAUCACUA